AUGGCGAAGCCUUGGAAUGAGCAUCGUGCGACAAUCACCAAGCUGUACAUCCAGGAGGGGAGGACGCUCGAGGAUGUACGGGGCAUUAUGAAGACCGAGUACAACUUUGAGGCAUCCAUCCGUUCCUAUCGGCAGCACUUUGACAUCUGGGACAUUGGCAAGUACAACUGCAAGAAGCGCCAGCAACGCCGUCGCCAGUCCCUCAAGAGGCCCAUCCUCCCGUCUCCGCUGCGCUCUCCCCCAGCUCUCAGCAGCUCCUCGGAGACGUCUGACCCUGGAUCCUCGCCGGCCUCGAGCUGCGCGAGCCAGCGUUCCCCGGAGCAGCUCCCCCUUCCGGCCCUCCAGCAGACCCCUCGGUACGCGGCGCCGCCGUUCUUUGACGCUCAUCAACUACCCGCGCUGCAGUCGUCGUCGACCCUGCCUGAGCCUCGCAUCAAGGUCGAGAGUGGCGGAGGAGGGGGAACGGGCUGGAGAGACAUGCCCAUGUACCCCAGCGCAGCGCCGCAUCCUCCUCAGGGCAUGCUGCAAUCAAACGUUCACUAUACCUACGCCGACUCUGCACACUGGCAUGUUCCACGGCCACCGCUGCCGCUGCCGCCGCCUCCUUCAACGUUUCUCAGCAGCAACCACUCUUCGAACGAGUACUGCGGGUCGUCGUACCGGUGCGUGCCUGAGUUCCCUCGUCACGGCGAGAUGACAUCAGGUCUGCGUGCCCCGAACCUGUCUAUGGUGAGAGCGCAUGGGCGCCAUGGUGCCUUGCAUCCACCUUCGGUCAGUCUCCCUGUGAGCUUCCAAGGAGUUGCCUCAGGGUGA